GAAAUACUUGGCUUAUCCGCCCGACUAUAAAGAUGUGGGCCUCUUGUGAAAACCGUACUGUCUUACUAGUAACUCUCUAUAUGUCUUCAGUGUUCGUAGCCAUGUGCAGCCAGCCACGGGAGUAGGUAAGCUCCUUCCAAAAUUUCUCUUACAUUGUACAGAGAUAAGGGUUGUGUGGAUGGAAAAUACAAUAACUAUAUGGACUGACAUAGUAGAGUUAGACACCUCAAAACAACAAACUCUUCUUUAGCCAUUUCAACAGAUCCAGUUCUAAACUCAGGCAACACGACUAAACUCGUGAAUUAGUCCUCAAUGGCCUACUACAGCCCCGGAUAUUACCAGAAUUCUUCUGAUCUUGGUGAGUAUCAUCAAACCCCUUAUGCUUAUAAUUCUAAUGAUUUUUUCACUGAUCAAGGCGGCUCAGUAACUUACUCUGCUUACAAAGAGCCAAGUUUCUAUAAUCUCUUUGACUAUAAUAUUCCAACUCAUUAUAACUAUAGCGCUGAUUACAAUCAUUCUUAUAAUCAUAUUCCUAGCACUACUACUACUACUAGAACUGCAUACUCUGUUUUUACUUCGACUGAGCCAAUGUCGGUUCAAUAUCAUGAUCCUGUCACCCAUUACAAAAUCACUUAUAAUCAUCAACCGCCGACCCAGUUCGUAAUAUCUUACGACUCGGUCUCUCCGGAGUUCGCUGUUCCUGAAUUCGACGAUUAUGAUCCGACCCCUUAUGAUGGUGGCUUUGAUAUAACUCAAACUUAUGGAAAGCCACUUCCACCCUCGACGGAAAUUUGUUAUCCUAACUCUGCAACUGGGGCAACGCCCCCACCUUCCAACGCCGAGGCUAAGAAGAAAGAGAAGAGCGAACCCCAAAAUGGGUUAAAGCCGAACAAGGCAGAUAAUAAGGAAGAAGAGAGAAAGCCAAGCCAUGACAGUGGCCGUGGGGAUGAGACUCAUAAGCCUAAACCCAAGCCUGAGCAGAGUAGUGAGGAGCCAUUAAGUGUUGGGAUUGGGAAUGGUUUUGAAUACGAAAAGCAGGCGAGUAGUAGUCUGAUUCCAAGUGGUUAUGGCUUGGAAGCCAUGGAUCUUUGCGAAAGCUUGUUCGGGUACUGGCCAUGUUUAUCACGGCACGCCAAGAGAUCAGCCAUGAAUAAUUGCUGUGGUUGUCAUGACUACGGUUUUUACGAGGGAAUAAACUGUGGGAACCAGUGGAAUGGGGCCGCGGAUUAUCUAUUUGGGGGUUCAGAUCCGUACGUGGAGAAAAGAGACGGUGGAGGAAGCUACGGUCAACCUAUUCAUUGCUACGAAAAGCAUUAUCGGGAGACCCCUCUGUAUAUUCGGGUUCAGGCUGAGGAGGAUUCUUGGUCCCAGAAUUUCAACAUUUUCUGAGUAUAUUCAUUUUCAUUUCCGGUCUUUCUUUUUUUUUUUCCAGUUGUUGGCUUCAAUAGAGAAAUAAGGGGAAUCAAGAUUAAGAUAGUGGCACAGUGCAAAAAGCACUUGCCAUUGUUUUGUAAGCAAAAUGAAAGAUUUGCUUUACCAAUAAUUAAUAUGUUGAUAGAUAUGGAAUUCGACUGUGAUGGUCACUAAUUGCUCUCUUACAAGUUACAAUUCAUUGAUCACA